CUAACGGACUAUAAAUAUCCCACAGCCCAGUCCUGGCCACCUCACUCUCUCUCGCAGCAGGUCUCCACGUACACGAAGAUCGCUCUCUCAGGACGAGAUGUCUAUCGAGCCACAAUGGUGUUGGAAUCCGGAAACUCCUUUUACUAAGCAGUUUCCUGUGGAACUCAAGCAAGAUAUGAUGAUCGUGAUGUGUGGAAAAGUACCUUCUGACGCCAAGAGUUUUGUCAUUAACUUCCAGAAGGGUGAAGGAGCCAACGUGAAGAUUCCCUUCCAGCUCGGGGUUUGUUUCCAAGAGAAUUCCGAGAAAUUCAUGUUCAGUUCCAAGGAAUCUGCCGACUGGGAGCCGAUGCAAGAUCGCCCCAUCUCCCCGAGCAUUAAAGGGACCAACUUCAAGCUCACGUUCCUCGUUUGGAGUAACUGUUUUCAGGUGGCCCUCAAUGCCAAGCACAUUCUGAAAUACAACCACAACGAACGAGACUGGAAAGCCGAUGGGAUAAACGUGUACGGAGACUUACAAGUGAAGGAUUUCACUGUCUACGACAUCGACUGCAAAAAAAAAGUAAACAAGUGAGCAAUGGAUCAGGUAUGAGGCACUGAUCAUCCACACAAAUCUCCCGCGGCUGUUGUGUGUUUCACUCGGCGAUUCUCUCCCACCGUUUCCCUCCCGGUCGUAACAUUUGGGAGUUGCUUUAACCUCCACCCACUCUCCCCGGACCCGAUUGAAACAUGACCAUUUCUCAUUGCUAAUAAAAAAUAGUCUUGGACUCGC